ACCCACAUGCACUCCUCUCUCUCUCUCUCUCUCUUCAUCUGAAUUGAAAACUUGAGAAGGAAAACCAUGGUUGUGUCUUCACAACUUCCACGGUGGCUUGAGGGUCUUCUGACACAGAAGUUCUUCAAUGCCUGUGUAAUCCAUGAAGAGGCUAAGAAGAAUGAGAAGAACGUUUAUUGCUUGGACUGUUGCAUCAGUUUAUGCCCUCACUGUUUGUCCCCUCACAGCUCUCACCGUCUCUUGCAGAUUAGGAGGUAUGUGUAUCACGAUGUGAUAAAAUUGGGUGACGCUCACAAGUUAUUCGACUGUUCAUUUGUUCAAUCAUACACCACCAACAGUGCAAAAGUUUUGUUUUUAAAUCCACGGCCACAAACAAGGUCGUUCAGGAACUCCGGCAACAUAUGCUUCAGCUGUGACAGGAAUCUUCAGCACUCUUACCUCUUCUGCUCACUCUUCUGCAAGAUUGACCAUCUCUUAAGAACCCAAUCUGAAGGUGGACUCUCAAAAUUCCUUCUUGACUGCAAGUUCUUAACUUUAUCGGAACCGGUUCUGGACGAUGGUCUGACCCCUGACUGUGUUCUUGAACCGGCCAGCUCGAUAUUGACAUCAUCCGGUUCGGGCGGGUCAAGUGGUGGGGUUGGGUGCAGGACAGAGUGGUGCACUGCCACAACGGAUAUAGUGAGGAAGAAGAGGAGUAGCUUAUCGGCGUGCCGGCCGAAAUUCUAUCCUGCAUCCGAGAUUUCAGUGGGGUUCAUGAACCGGAGGAAAAAGAAUCCACAACCACAACGCUCUCCACUCUUUUGAAUCACAAUGCUUUUGAGGACAUAGUUGGUAGUUUAAUUACAUAGCGAAAGAGUAAUUAGGGUAUUAAGGAAAAAAAGAAGAAGAAAACUCUCUCAAUUUUUGCAGAAGGGAGAAGUGUGUUUCUUCCCUCCUUUAGUAGUGGGUGAGUUGUGUCCAAUCCAAAAAAUGGUGAAUGGUUUCCUUCUUUUUUGGUUCUUUUUACAGAGUUUUACAGUAGUGAAAGAGAGUGAGUGGUAAUAGUGACAAGAGGGCUCUGUUUUAUGGCUUUGUUUU